AUGCUGGGCGCUGCGCAACGAAUUACACUGGUCUCUCUAAACGACGUGUACAAGUUGGUGCCACUUACCAGCGACCUGACUUACUACUACCUCGAAGCAGACUUGGACUACUUAGAUGACGUUGCCGCGGCAGAAUGUGACGGGACAAACUGUGUCGGUGACCUAAGUUCAUGCGGACUGGGUCUGUCCUGGGAGUCGUGCUUUCCUGCACGAUUCGGCAAAGCAGAAAAGCUGAGCCUUCUGGAGCACACGCACGCCCAACAGAUCAAAGGUGUGAAUGUCAUGGCUGGUCCCUGUGCAUCCAACUUCCCAGGAGCACAAAGCAAGUCACAGAACUACGGAGGCCUCGUGGACUUUGGGGCGACGUUUCGCUGGGUCAAAGAGGAGGCAACGUUUCGUGGGGACGUCGUCCUAGGAACGUUUGCCGGAGAUUUUAUUGCACCGUCGUACCUUGCGGAGAUAUUUAGAGGUUCUCAGUUGGUGGAGAUGAUGAACCUGAUGGGUGUUGAUCUGGCUAACAUCGGAAACCACGACAUCGACUUCGGGCUACCAAACUUGCGAGCACAAAUGGGAAAGUCCGCGUUUCAUUAUCUCAACUCGAAUCUGCAGGAGGAUGUGGGAAAGGAGAUUCAGCAGCCAAUGCUGAAUUCCUUGCAGGUGAAAGGGAGCAGUGGUGACUACGACGUGAGCAUCUGGAGACGACUGCACCAGAUCCCUGGCAGCUCAUCAGGUCGAGGUUGGGCAGUUUUGGCGCAGGAUGGUAUCAAGAUCUGUGUCUUGGGCACAACUGAUAUCGACAAAAUGAACUGGGCCGGCAAAAAAAUCAAUGGCUCUGUGAGGGACAUUCCUGCUGCAGUCGACAUUCUUCGCAUGUGGGAGGCCAAACGACUCGGAUGCAGCCUGCGGGUUGCUAUGACGCAUACGAGAACUGGAAAUGAUCUGAACCUUUUCAGGGCAGUAGAGCAUUCUGGGCUUCACUUGGAUGCCAUCGUGGGCGGCCAUGAUCACUACAUUGCCUUCGGCAAGCUGAAGCGUCGUGACAAUGGAACAACUUUUUUGGUCAAAGCUGGGGCGGAUGCGCGCAUCGUAGCCAGUCUGCAGUUUGACCUGUCGGGCAGGUUGCCUGCAGGCAGCUUGUCGGUGGCGGAUUCACGACCCCUUCACAUCACGUACCAAGGCCUCUAUGCUGGCUUGAUCCGUCAAGAUAUGCGUCAGGUGUUUGAGCGACAUCCUUUGACUCAUUUGUUCCUCCUUGAAGAGUUUCCGUGCGCGGACACCGACGCGGACGCACGAAGCAGCUUGUUCCCCUUCCAGAUCUCCCUCUCCGACCUGGUACUCACAACUUUGCCUUUUGUGGCAAGGCGGUACUGGUGCAAGGCGCCGUUCAAUGAUGCGAAUCGGGUGCAUGUGUCUGGAUUCAUCAUAGAGAUGACGAGGGAAGACUCGUGUGAUGCCGCGGGCCAAAAUCCGAUCAUGUCUGCCACUUUCGUCGGCGGUUGCCAUCGUGGUGGUGCGCUUCUCCCUCUGGAUUCGGGCUGCUGCACAUCCUCUCUUUGUGGACGUGUUUGGAUGGAUGGGGCUUGGGACGCACGGGUGUCUGCAGAUAUGAAGAGUCACCAGCUCAGUGUGGCAACUGGCCAGUUCUGCGUACCCUCGAAAUAUGGCAGCCACGGUGAAGGCUUCCAUGUUGUGGGCAUGCUCUGUAGAGAUGCGGAGCCGGAGGAGAAUUGGGGCUCGGGACGCGAGUUUGCAAAGCACUUCGGGCAGGCUUCGGUGCAGGUCAGCGAGAAGCAAUCCCUCCUGUCGGCUGCGAACGCAUCGAGCUUUCCGCGAUUGGGAUUUCUUUUCAAGCCUGCCAUCGUGGCCAUGCUGCAGCAGUUCAUCUACUCUGCGCAGACGUUCACACAUCACUGCAAGUGCCAGCUGAGGCAGGGCGCAGAAUGCGCGACAGAAUGGACAGACAGCCCAUACCCGCGCCUUUAUGCCGCGUGUCUUGGCAGUAAGAUGAGGGAACGAAAGUUCGAGUUGGCAGUGCUGUUGCACUUGAGCAGCGGUGUUGCACGGGUGGUGGCCGCCUGGGCUCUCCUCGUGCCGCGAGGAAUGGCCUGCGGAAUCGAGCGCUGUGCAGUGCACCAUGAAGCUGCUGUGACGGCCGUGGAGAAGAUGGACCCGGAGGUUCAGAGCCGGGUGUUGCUCCACAACGGCAACCUUCUGGAUUCGCAGAAUGACUGGCAUCAGGCGAGCACCAUCCUCGUCAGCGGGGAGGCUUUAGAGGAUUCCCACGUGGCAAGGGUGACGACUGGCCUGGAGAGGACACAGCCAGGAACACGCAUCGCCUCGAUCGGCAGACCGCUGGGUGAUCCAAAUGGACCCCUUGGUCUGCAGUUCGUUCGGCAAGUUGUGUACCGGACAGUCGGCUCGGGGAAUGCGCCCGUAUUCAUCUACCGCAAGCCCGGUCUCUGA